CGUGAAAAUCGUCGUUCAUACGUUUUGGUUCUCUUGACUGAAAAUUUUUAGAUUGAAAAAAUUGAUGUCCUGGUGAGUUUCCUAAUUUACUUGCCAGGUUACUUUGUUGUCCUGCUCGCCAUGGCGGAACAUAAAUUAAAGUUCAAGGGCAAGGGACCUGGCUUAGCCCCAAUUGUCCAGCCCAAACGGCAGGAGGUGAAGCCACCACGAGAUCUUGAUUCAGUCGGAAUGUUGAAAUUUGAAGAUGGAGGAGAAGUAGAAGUGAGAGCAGACGAUUUAAUCGAAGUGAAGGAACUCGGACGUGGUACCUAUGGUGCUGUGUAUGAGAUGCACCACAAUGCCUCCAACCAUACAAUGGCUGUGAAACGAAUUCGCUGUACAGUGGACAGCAAAGAGGAAAAACGACUUCUGAUGGACUUAGACAUUUCGAAAAAAGCAGCGAAAUGUCCCUACACAAUAUUCUUUUAUGGUGCAUUAUUUCGAGACGGCGACGUGUGGAUUUGUAUGGAGAAGAUGAACCAUUCGCUGGACGUUCUGUAUAAGAGCAUGCGGGCGAAUCUGGACAAAGUGAUUCCGGAAGAUGCAGUGGGUAAGGUGGCAUUCUCUGUCGUUUCAGCACUUGAGUACCUGAAGAAUGAGCUGGAUGUCAUUCAUCGUGAUGUGAAACCAAGCAAUAUUUUGAUAGACAAGACGGGAAGUAUCAAGCUCUGCGAUUUCGGCAUCAGUGGACAGCUUGUGAAUUCUGUGGCCAAGACACUCGAUGCAGGAUGCAAGCCUUACAUGGCACCAGAAAGGAUUGAUCCGACGAAAGAUCGCGAGUAUGAUGUGCGCUCGGAUGUGUGGAGUCUUGGUGUGACCCUUAUUGAGCUCGCCCUGGGUAAGUUCCCUUACCCGCCGUGGAAGACGGUGUUCGAGCAGCUCAAGGCAGUUGUAAGUGGUCCUGCGCCGGAGCUACCAGAUAACGGCACAUUCACGGACUGCUUCAUCGACUUUGCGCGCGUCUGCUUGAUGAAGAACCCGGACUUGCGGCCAAAGUAUGAGAAGCUGGAGACGCACGCGUUCUUCCUGAAAUAUAAGGAGUCCGACUAUGACGUCGGCACUUGGUAUCGUGGCAUCCUGGAAGAGCUAGAACGUUUCGACGCGCAAUCUGGCGCGACAGCAGGUACGUCACCCAAGCAUCAGACAUAGCAGCGCGGGACCGUAUCUCACAUAUAACCGCAUCAUGAAACUCCUAUCAUACCUUAAAAAUUUGCUCCGACCGGGGCUCACCGCAGAAUAAUUUACCUUUUCAGCAUGUUCAGAGUUUUGAUGUCAUGCUCGAUAUUCCGUCCAUGUACCUGUAGGUUGAAUAAAAAUUCCAACUCAUGACACUGUACUGUCUUCAUGACAUUGUGGUUGUAGUUUUCCUGCUGCCGUUUCAUUUUUAUCUCUACUCCCACGAUCGAUGUACGAGUUUAUUAUAUGCAUCGACGUACAGCUGUUUAGUCGCGUGUAAUGUUAUUCUGUUUAUAUAUUAGCGCAUUCAUAUACCUUGAUAACAGCUGGACUUUGCCCGUGCCGUGCCGGAAGCGACAUACGUACAUAAUUUUCUCCUCCUAUCGUUAUCUAGCUUUGUAACAAAUCGCGACGGCUGCAUGUCGUUGUUUUUAACCGCCCAACUGAAAUCAGCCUCCUGUUUUAAUUCUCCUUUUGUACAGAGUAAGUCUGUGCCGUCCAUAUUUUGUGUGCCGUUUCCUAUUCUUUUCUCAAUUCAUCCUGUGCCUUGUACCUGUUGAUUCUCUGUCUUCUAUUGCGUUUACGAAAGGCGUACGCUUGUUUUACCAUUUU